AAAUCCAAAUCUGGGAGUACUUCUUCUGUGGCUGGAGUUCCGGGGAUCAGAAAAACAACAAUGGUGCAAAAAAUUGUUUAUGACUGGGCCACAGGGAAAAUAUUCCAACAAUUCCAGUUUAUCUUCAGUUUCAAAUUCCGAGAUUUAAACACGAUUAAAGACAGGAUAACCCUGAGCGAACUGAUUCUGGAUCAGUAUCCUUACUUUAGGAUUAUCCUGGGAGAAGUCGGGAAGAACCCAGAGGGAUUGCUAUUUAUAUUCGAUGCCUUGGAUGAAUUCAAGGGCAUAAUCAAUUUUGCUGAGAGUCAGAGAGACACAGCACCUCAGCACCAGUGCCCAGAUCCUGAAUCCCGGUGUGAAGUGUCUGACAUUGUGUACAGUUUAAUCCAGCACAAGCUGCUCCCAGGGUGUUCAGUGCUGGUGACCACCCGCCCCACUAUGUUACAUUUAUUGGAACAGGCGAAGAUCAGUGUCUGGGCUGAAAUCAUGGGAUUUGUUGGUGAGGAACGGAAGGAAUGUUUCACCAGGUAUUUUGAAGAUCCGUCGGUGGCAGCAGCUGUUUUCAAACACGUGAAGGAGAACGAGAUCCCGUACACCAUGAGCUACAACCCCUGCUACUGCUGGAUCCUCGGCCUGACACUGGGCCCCUUUUUCACACAACCACACUGGGACCCGCAGCGAGUUCCCAAGACCAUCACACAACUAUAUUGCGACUAUAUUUACAACAUCCUAAAAAACCACGGCCGUGAGAUUGAGAGCCCCCGUGACGUGUUACUGAGGGUUGGUCAGAUGGCCUUCACUGGAGUGGCUGAGAAGAACAUAGUGUUCACAGAUGGAGAUUUGAUCACAUACAAUCUUGAAGCUGACAGCACGACAAAUUAG